UGCCAUUUUGUCACUGGUGUAGGCGUUCUCAUAUACCCAGCCUGCAGCGCUGGCAAUAUGUCAGGCGCAGUUGAACGACCGUUGAGGCCAAGUGCGGAGAAAAUGGACUUGGACGCCGAUGACAGACAGACAAGGCUGGGGUCACUGAGGAAAGCGGCAAUUAAUGCCUCUAAUAAGUUUAGGCAUUCCUUCAAGAGCCGUCGGAGGAGCAGCAGAGUGAUGUCGGUGGUGUUGGACGAUGAACACGACGCCGAGGAAGUUAAGUCGGUCGACGCCUUCCGCCAGGCUCUCAUCCUCGACGAGUUGCUACCGACAAAACACGACGACUACCAUAUGAUGCUACGGUUCUUGAAGGCCAGGAAAUUUGAAAUUGAUAAAUCAAAGCAGAUGUGGGCCGACAUGCUCCAAUGGAGGAAGGAGUUUGGUGCAGACACAAUCAUUGAUGAUUUCGACUUCAAGGAGAGGGAUGAAGUGCUCAAGUAUUACCCUCAAGGGCAUCACGGUGUGGACAAAGAUGGAAGGCCUAUCUACAUUGAGAGGCUUGGGCUAGUUGAUGCCACAAAGCUGAUGCAAGUCACCACCAUGGACCGUUACCUAAAGUACCAUGUCCAGGAGUUCGAAAGGACCAACAAUGAUAAAAUGUCAUCAUGCUCUAUUGCUGCUAAGAAACACAUUGAUCAGAGCACAACCAUCCUCGAUGUCCAAGGAGUGGGUCUGAAAAACUUCACCAAGCAGGCAAGGGAACUCAUCCAAGCCCUCCAAAAGAUCGAUGGUGACAACUACCCUGAGACGUUGUGCCGUAUGUACAUCAUCAAUGCUGGGUCAGGAUUUAGGCUAUUGUGGAACACUGUCAAGUCAUUCCUUGACCCCAAGACCACUGCUAAGAUUAACGUUCUUGGCAACAAGUACCAGAGCAAAUUGCUGGAAAUCAUUGAUGCCAGCGAAUUGCCAGACUUCUUGGGUGGCACCUGCACCUGUGCAGAUAAGGGAGGUUGCAUGCGCUCCGACAAGGGACCAUGGAAUGACCCUGAAAUCAUGAAGAUGGUCCACCAAGGCGCGCACAAAUGCUCGCACAGGAUGGCUCGUGUCGAGGAGGAGAAGACGAUCCCAGAGGAUGGUGGCGUCAACGUCAGCGUCAGCAUGAGCGCGAAGAGCGUGAAGAAGCCAGCAUCCUUCAAGAUUGAAUCUACCAAGAAGCUCUUUCCUAUUCAAGAGGAAACCCGCCAGCCUGAUAUGUAUGUACCCAUGGUUGACAAGACAGUUGAUCUGCCGAACUGGCAUGUCGUUAACAACGACAAUUGCAAGUUUGUCGUUCCCAAAGGGGCAGAUCUAUACCAAAUCCAGGAAGCAUACAAGGGUCAAGAACUAGCGAGCAACCAACUGCUGACGGGAGUGAUGACAUUCGUGAUGGGCAUAGUAACGAUGGUCCGAAUGACCAAAAACAUGCCGAGGAAGUUGACGGAGUCCACCCUCUACUCCAACUCCAUGCACCUUAACGACCAUGCGAUGAAAGGCCAUGGGGCUUACAAGCCGCCGGAGCCCGCCGUCACCGCCGCUGAGUUCAUGGCCAUGAUGAAGCGCAUGGCCAGCCUGGAGGAGAAGUUCAUCACUCUCAGCAACCAACCACCCACCAUGCCGCCGGAGAAGGAGGAAAUGCUCUCCAACGCCAUGAGCCGCAUCGAUGCCUUGGAACAAGAACUUGCCGAAGCCAAGAAGGCACUUGAGGAGUCACAGAGCAACCAAAACGAGCUGAUAGCCUACAUCGAAAAGAAGAAGAAGAAGAAGAAUAUCUUUGGUUUUUGAACAGUUGAGGAAACAUAGAGUUUAUAACAUAUUAAGCACUUGAAAAAUGUUAUAAACACAGACGCAAAUUAAAACGUAUACUUAUUUUAUAUGCAUGUCCCAUGCAGUAUAGGAUGUAUGUACACGUACAAUAUGGUUCCCUUGCCGUUUUUGAUAAAAUGCGCCGAUGUUUUCUUCAGCGCCGCCAGUUGUAAUGUUGUAUGAUUUCAUUUCUUCAAAUUUCCAAUGAGAAGCUUUUGUGUGUUAGAAUAUAUAUAUCAAAGUUAUUUGAGUU